UGAUGACUGAAAACAACUCAAAAUUACAAUGUUCCUUAAUAACAAGGAACCACCACGUUCCACCAUUCAUUCACACGGUUAUCAGGAAACAAACAAGAAGUCCAAAACCAAGGAUUGACUGUGAAUAUUUCCUCUACUGUACAGACUGUGCAGAGCACUCACUCAACUCUUUUAACCCUUUUUCGGCAUUUGCCUGCUGUCAUCUUUAAUGGUACAGAGGGAUUAGCUACCAAUUCCUUCUACAUUUUAGCAUCUCAACCUCUUUCCAAAAUAUUCUCAUAAUACAACAGAUGCCAUUUUAAGGGUUGAUUCAUGAUUCAUGAUUCAUCACUCGUCAAACUACCACUAAAUUACCCAAUUCAUUAGGUGACUCGGAUUGGUCCAUUUAAUUGAACUCAAUUACCUAUCUCAGUCUCCCGAAGCUUAUACCUUCUAGCCCUCCCGCCAUUAUUUCAUAGCCCAGCCCACUUCCCCUGCCCGUCAAAUCAGUCUAAGUCAACACUCGCAAAUAAGAGCUUCUCUUUUCUUAUUUUGCCAGAUACUUUUUCUAACGACACAUCGUCGUUGUCAGGUUGAGGCCAGCACUUUCUAAGUGUCCUUUAGAACUCGGCAAACCUAAUUGCUUUGGAACAGCACAACCGCAGCAAAUAUGUCAACAACGAGGGGAUUGGAGGGGGAGCUCAAAGCACAGGGUGCCGUGGAAGCAGCACAAAAUCCUGAUAGCUCGGUAACAGCAGCAGACGCGGAAGCAAAGAUUGUCAAUGAGGGCAAGAAAGCAGGCGUUCCAGCUUUCCAUUUCGACCCAAAUGCGAGUCCAGAGGAGAAGGCAGCACAAGCUAGGGCUGUAGGUUGUAUUCUUCCCAGUCUUUGCGCAUUUUACUAAUAUAGAAAUCUGUGCAGCAUGUACCAGAAGGGUUUCAUCACGAACGCAAGUCAAAAGGUGUCGCAAUCGCGACAGAUAUGGAUGACGGUGCGCCAGCAGCUUACGACCUACCGCCCCCGUCUACGGCUGGAGCUCUUGCCCCCCCUGUAAAAGAUAGCAAACAACCAGGCCAGCCAGUAGCAAAUGGAUAUGUCGAUGAGGAUGAAGAUGCCCGUUGGAUUGAAAGAGCUGGCUGGGCUCCAAGAUUCGGCUCUGGAGAAUCUGGCGAAUUUAUGGAAAGCGAAAGUCUUCUGGAUCACCAAACCUGGAUAGAAGGCAAAAUUGAAGAUAAAUUUUAUGGAGGUAAUUCGAAAGUUUGCCUACUUGGGUUCUUUUGCUAAUCUGCCAUAGAUUGGUAUCAAAAUACCGCUGUCAUUAUAUUUGCAUGCCUCUCUUCAUGGUUCGUGGCCACACUUGGUGGAGGUCUCAGCUGGGUAUUUAUUAUCAUGGCGAUUUGCGGGACAUACUACAGGACGUCGAUACGUCGAGUAAGACGCAACUUUCGGGAUGAUAUCAAUCGGGAGCUUGCCAAAAACAAACUGGAAACUGACACAGAAAGUCUCGAAUGGAUGAACAGCUUCAUGGUCAAAUUUUGGCCAAUCUUCCAGCCAGUGUUGGCCGAGACAGUUAUUAAUUCCGUUGAUCAAGUAUUAAGUACAGCAACUCCAGCGUUCUUAGAUAGUCUUCGUAUGAAGACCUUUACUUUGGGCACCAAGCCACCUCGACUGGAACACGUCAAGACAUACCCCAAAGCAGAGGACGAUAUAGUACUUAUGGAUUGGAAGUUCAGUUUCACCCCAAAUGAUCAUGCAGACAUGACUUCUCGCCAAAUCAAGAAUAAGGUCAACCCAAAAGUUGUCCUUGAAAUCAGGAUUGGAAAGGCAAUGAUCAGUAAGGGCUUAGAUGUUAUCGUGGAGGACAUGGCUUUCUCGGGUCUCAUGCGAGUCAAGAUCAAGCUUCAGAUUCCAUUUCCUCACGUGGAAAAGAUCGAAAUAUCAUUCCUGGAGAAACCUAGUGAGUAUUACUUUCUUGUUUUUUCCCUCGCAUGGGAGCUCGCGGUCUAUAUAGCAUAUUGGCGUCAAGCUUGCAACACCUCACAUCCCAUCUUAACGCCUAGCAAUCCACAUUUAUUUUUGGGCAAUUUAAGAUAUCAAUUCUCUAUAUCUCAUCUAAUCUUUAUGGAACUUUUUGUACUGACUUCUCAAAAGCAAUCGACUAUGUAUGUAAACCUCUUGGAGGUGAAACUCUGGGGUUUGACAUUAAUUUCAUUCCUGGUCUUGAGACUUUUAUUUUGGAACAGAUUCAUGCGAAUAUUGGACCGAUCAUGUAUGCUCCAAAUGUAUUCCCAAUUGAAGUUGCAAAAAUGCUGUCUGGGUCUGCUGUUGAUCAGGCUAUCGGUGUAUUGGCUGUCACUCUCCACGGAGCUCAGGGCCUCAAGAAUCCGGACAAGUUUGCUGGUACGCCUGAUCCUUAUACUGUCCUGUCAAUCAACCACGGUGCUCCUCUAGCACAAACCAAGAUCGUUAAGGAAAGCGCAAAUCCUAAAUGGGCUGAAACAAAAUACGUGAUCCUUACUUCUUUUACCGAGAGUCUCACUAUGGCUAUAUUUGAUUACAACGAAUAUCGAAAGGAUAAAGAACUCGGUACUGCCACUUUCCCAUUGGAGAGGGUGCAAGAGGUCACAGAAUAUGAGAACGAACAGCUUGAAGUAAUGGCAAACGGCAAGCCACGCGGUUUAUUGUCUGCCGAUUUACGAUUCUUUCCCGUCCUGGAAGGGCGCACUCUCCCAGAUGGCACGACUGAGCCGCCUCCUGAGUCUAAUACAGGUAUUGCUCGUUUCUGUGUCGAACAAGCUAAAGAUCUCGAUGGUACCAAGAGUCUUAUUGGUCAACUCAGCCCUUAUGCUGUACUUUUACUAAACAAUAAGGAGAUCCAUGUUACAAGGAAAUUGAAGAGGACGAACAAUCCUAUCUGGGAUAAUGGAUCUAAGGAGCUUCUCAUCACCGAUAGGAAGACUGCUACUUUCGGUCUUGUUAUUAAGGAUGAGCGGGAACUCGGCACUGAUCCUAUCCUUGGUACGUAUCAGAUCAAGCUCAACGACAUGCUGAACUUGAUGGAGAAGGGUCAAGAGUGGUACACACUUGCUGGAGCGAAUACUGGAAGAGCUAAGUUGACGCUUCAAUGGAAACCAAUCGCACUUCAAGGUGUGGGCGCAGGCACUGGCGGUUAUGUCACACCUAUUGGUGUCAUGAGAUUUCAUUUUAAGAAUGCGCAGGAUCUCCGAAAUCUUGAAACUCUCGGUAAAUCCGAUCCUUACGUCCGGGUUCUCUUAUCUGGAAUAGAGAGGGCUCGAACAGUCACAUUCCAGAAUAAUCUCAACCCAGAAUUCGACGAAGUUGUAUAUGUGCCCGUCCACAGUGUUAGGGAGAAGUUGACUUUGGAGGUUAUGGAUCAAGAGACUAUCAACAGUGAUCGUACCUUAGGAUCUGUCGAAGUGCUGGCCUCGGAAUAUAUUAAACAGCGUGAAAAUGGGGAAUAUGUCGUACAUGAUGAAAAAGUUCCACAGGCUAGUGGACUACGCGUGCACGGCAAGGGAAACCCAAAAGGAACACUCAAUUAUACUGUAGCAUUCUACCCAUGUUUGAAUAUCGCAGAUCCCGAAGAUGAGGAAGCAGCUAAAGAGGAGGCGGCCGCCAAAAUUUCUUCUCAGAGAGGUCGCAUAACUGGUAUGGAAAACGGCACAAAGGAUGGUGUGGAGAAUGGGAAUGGCUCAGAAAAGCCUAGCCGGUCUUCAAGCGAGUCAGCAAUGGCUGCAAAGCUCGCCGAGGGUGCACAAGAGCAAGAAGAGACCCCAAAAGAAAAGCAGCUUCCAAAGAUUCAUCUCACGCCCGAGGAAUUACUCAAAUACGAAUCCGGUCUCAUUAUCUUCAAGAUUAUUGAUUGCGAGCUGACCCGAAGCCACGUUCAUGUCGAAGUUGUUGUUGAUGAUAUGGCUUUCCCGUCAUAUUCAUCCUCCACCAUAAAAUCGAAGAGAAUGACACUGGAUGAGAUUGGCGAUUGUUUUGUUCGUGAACUCGACUUCUCCAAGAUCACCAUACGUCUCCGAGAAAAGCAGAGUAAGGGAGAUGAGAAGAAAGACCCAACUAUCGCCCGCUUGACUGGAGAGACACUAGCUACUUUGAAACAAUGCCUCAAUAAUCCCACCAUGUAAGUGCAAGCUCCAUUGACAUUUUUUUUGCCUUCCUGGCCCCUAAAAUUAGACAACCACUAAUACUUCUGCUAGACUCAAGCUUCGAGAUGAGGAAGGCCACACUAGUAAUAUUAAGGUCUCACUUAAGUAUAUCCCUGUCAAGAUGGAUCUGGACCCGAGCGAGAGUAUCAACAAUAUGGGUAAACUUCGAGUGGAUGUUCUGGAUGCUACUGAUCUUCCAUCUGCGGACCGCAACGGAUACUCUGAUCCAUAUUGCAAGUUUGAAUUCAAUGGCAACUCAGUAUUCAAGACUAAAGUCCAGAAGAAGACUUUACAACCAGCGUGGAAUGAAUUCUUCGAGCUCGAUGUACCCUCAAGGACUGCGGCGCAAUUUACUGUUAAUGUAAUGGAUUGGGACUUCGGUGACAAGGCCGACUUCCUCGGCAAGGCUGAAAUCAACCUAAACCUUUUGGAGCCAUUCAAGUCAAAGGAAAUGAACUUGACUUUGGAAGGCAAAUCAGGGUCCAUCCGUCUACGCUUGCUUUUCCGCCCAGAUUACGUGACCAGGGCGAGACAAGGAAGCUCGACAUUUUCUGGUACAUUUGCCACACCAGGCAAAAUUGUCACUGGAGUCGCAGGAGCUCCCAUCAAAGGUGUUGGCUUUGCCGCACAUGGUGUUGGUAUGGGUGUUGGCUUUGCCGCUCAUGGUGUUGGCAAAGGAGCGUCGUUCAUUCGACAUGGCUUCAAAAGCAAGAAAAAGGACGAAGAAGAAGUAUACGGUGGUAGCAUUAAUUCCGAGUUAGAGAGCGAUGUUUCCGUGACGAAUGGUAAUGGGAGUUCAAGGCGCGGAAGUACUCUCCAAGGCUCAGGACCAUCAAUUCCAGAGAUUAUGCCUCCCGCCACUCCUCCAGAGGCGAAUCAUGGACGAACAAAGUCCUUCGGAGCGGCCUCGGGGCACUCUGGUAUGUUUGGUUCUCCCGGUGGCGGUCCUAUGGGUAUUGCAAACUUCACAAUUGUGUCUGCAACUGGAUUUCCACCCUCUUCAAGCGUUAUGGUUUAUGUUAAAACGCUUGGUCCCAAGUCUAAAGUCAUCCACAAGACUGAUCAUAUUAGAUCACCUAAUGGUACCGUGAUCUUCAAUGAGAAGAAAGAAAGCUUCAAAUGCACCACUUCCGCAGAUGCGACCUUCCAAGUCUCAGUCAAGGCACACAACACUUUCGGCUCGGACGAUGAUCUCGGCGACGGAGUUCUGGUGGUCGAUGAAAGUGGCACCAUGCAAGAGAAGCAAAUACGCUGUGGAGCAGGUCAUAUCACAGUAAAAUCUAAUUUUAUCAUGAGCUCUACCGAAAAUGGAUCGGAGAGUCCAAGGACUCGUUCAGGUUUUGGAAGAAGUCUACUCAGCAAGAAAGAAACUGGUCGAACCAGCAGAGAUAUCACACCCGUUGGCACGCAUACUUCUUGAGAGGAUACAACCGAUGAUAUUUGCGGGCGGUUUAGGAGGGAUGGUACAUUUUCUGGUGAGCCUAGGGAGCGAAAUCGUCCUUUCUGUGUGGUUUGGAGAGGUGGCAGUGGUCAAAAUCUUGCGAGCGAUAUUACUUUUUUCUUCUUUUAAUUUCUAGGAGAUGAAGAUACCAUAGUGGGUUCCGAUGCUCAUUGUUGUGCGUUAUUCCCUACAAUUUAACGAAUCUCCUUUGACUGCAGCUAUCGUACUUAAUAUUGGGACAUUUCCUCAUCUGCGUAAAUGCGAAAAAUUCUGAGGCACUCGGGGGAAUAAAUGAGGGAUGUACGAUUGGAUGGAGUGCAGUAGAUAAUUGCAUUGGCGAUUGAGAGGAAAUGAAGAAGCGAUCCAUAGAAAGGGUAGUCAAAUUGAUACUUCGUUGCCUUCCAAUGUGUGAAAAGAUUUGCUCAGCA